AACUGAGCCGAGCCUGGGUCCCAGUUCCGUGAACUUAGUGAAGGCUGGACAAGGCUCCGAGAAAAGUUUGGACGUUAACAUUCGCUCCUACUCCAGCCUGCCUUUAAGUGCUCACAGGAAGGGGAGGGAUAAAUCGCUGUUGCCUGUUUAAAAGGAAUGAUGGCCAGGUAAAUGGCUCAGUGGGUGGAGGAGCUUGCUGUCCAGCCUGAGAGCUUGAGUUUGAUCCAGCGACUCCUGCGAGUUUUCCUCCUAUUUCCACAUGUGUGCUGUGGCAUCUGUGUAGCCACACACCACAUUCAUAUACACGCAAUAAUACAGCCCUGGCCUCCGUGGACUCUGCUUCUUCCGAGAAAUAAACUCCAAGGAAGACUGAGCAGCUGUUGGGUUUCUAAACCAUGGCCCGUGUGUCAGUGGUGUUCAGUGAUGUGUCCAUAGCCUUCUCGCAGGAGGAGUGGGAGUCCCUGGACUUAGAACAGAGGAAUUUGUACAAGGAUGUGAUGAUGGAGAACUACCACAAUGUGGCCUCGCUAGGAUGCUUCAUUUCUAAGCCAGAUGUGAUUUCCUUACUGGAGCAAGGGAAAGAGCCCUGGAAGGUUGUGAGGCAAAGAAAACCAUGUCCAGAUUCGGAAACUAAGGAUGAGACCAACCAGGUGUUCUCAGAAAAUGGUAUUUAUGAAAUGAAUUUAUCCCAGUGGAAGAUAAUGGAAAGAAUUGGGAACAGUGGCCUAAAGAGCCUCCUUUUAAAAAAUGGAUGGGAGUCGAGAAGAAAACAGGAAAGACAAGAGGACCCUCAGGAGGGGUAUCUCAGUCAAGUGAGGCACACAUCUGAAAGAGUGUCCUCUUAUGAGAAGCGCGCAUUAACUACACGUCAGAGGAUCCACUUUGUGGAGAAACCCUAUGAGUGCAAUGAAUGUGGGAAGGCCUUUAGAGUCCGCCAGCAGCUCACUUUUCAUCACAGAAUUCACACAGGCGAGAAGCCCUAUGAAUGUAAGGAGUGUGGGAUGGCCUUCAGGCAGACGGCCCACCUUACCAGGCACCAGAGACUGCAUUCUGGUGAAAAACUGUAUGAAUGCAAGGAGUGUGGGCAAGCUUUCAUAUACGGCCCCGAGCUCAGAGCACAUCAGAAGCUUCACACCGGCGAGAAGCCCUACACGUGUAGAGAAUGUGGGAAAGCCUUCAGGGUACGGGGACAACUCACUCUCCAUCAGAGGAUCCAUACUGGGGAGAAGCCCUAUGUGUGUCAGGAGUGUGGGAAGGCCUUCAGGCAGUUGGCGCACCUCACUCGCCAUCAGAAGCUUAAUGUCGUCGACAGACUGUACGAGUGUAAAGAGUGUGGGAAAGACUUUUUGUGUGGCUCUGGCCUUAGAGUACAUCACAAACUUCACACUGGUGAGAAACCCUAUGAGUGCAAGGACUGUGGGAAGGCGUUUAGAGUUCGACAGCAGCUAACGCUCCAUCAGAGGAGUCAUACUGGGGAGAAGCCCUAUGAGUGCACUGAGUGUGGGAAGACCUUUAGUCGGGGCUACCAUCUUAUUCUCCAUCACAGAAUCCAUACUGGAGAAAAGCCUUACGAAUGCAAGGAGUGCUGGAAGGCGUUCAGUCGCUACUCACAGCUUAUUUCGCAUCAGAGCAUCCAUAUUGGGGUUAAACCCUAUGACUGCAAGGACUGUGGGAAAGCCUUCAGACUCCUCUCUCAGCUCACACAGCAUCAGAGUGUUCAUGCCGGGGAGAAGCCUUACUCUUGUAAGGAAUGCGGGAAGUCUUUCAGAUUGCGUCAGAAACUUGCUCUCCACCAGAGUAUUCAUACUGGCGAAAAGCCCUUUGAGUGCAAAGAAUGUAGGAAGGCCUUUCGACUUAAUUCUUCUCUUAUCCAACAUCUGAGAAUCCAUUCUGGUGAGAAACCCUAUGAGUGUAAAGAGUGUAAGAAGGCCUUUAGACAACAUUCUCACCUCACCCAUCAUCUGAAGGUUCAUACUGUCAAAGUGUGACAAAGUCUUAGCCGUCUCCUAGAACAUUCUGUGAAUGUUAUGGCUAAUCUUGCUUAUCCAUACAUGUAACUGACCUGGCAUAAGUGGUUUUAUAUCAUUAAAGGAAUAUACUAAUAUAA